AUGCCUUUCCAUGUUGCACUGGACCUAACGAUCAAAAGGCUUUUUGUGAAAGUUCUAACACCUAACUUUGCAUAUGAGCUGCCAUUUCGGAUUCCUUGGCUUUCGAAUCAAUUGGAAGAAGCACGAGAUGCGUUUGCGAGUUUGAAGGGUCAUAUGGAGGUUCUUGUUACUGCAGCGCGGAGUUCUGAUAAUGAUGAAGGGGCCGAUUUGCUUCGGUGCCUUGUGAAGGCGAACGAUGCGACUCGUUCUUUGGGUGGUGCGAGUACGAAGGGCACGUUGACAGAUGAUGAGCUGUUCAGCAAUAUAUUUGUAUUCUUGUUAGCUGGACAUGAGACGUCCGCUCAUACUCUAAGCUUUGCCAUUUUGCUGCUCGCUUUGAAUCCUGAUGUACAAAAGAAAUUGCGUAAAGAAGUUCUGCGGGUUUGGCCGACAGUUGAGGAUUGUGCUUCGUCUAGCAGCAAAAGAGACUUUGAAAAACUUGAGUACACCCUAGCUGUCUUCCGCGAGACUUUACGUUGUUUUCCGGCAGAACCUCGUAUAAAUAAGAUCGUUGAGCAGGAUUCUGUUCUUCAAGGGGUUCGGUUCGAGCCGAGCAACACCCCACAUGAGACUACUACAUCUUAUGAUGGUGCACUUACAAACAUCCAAUUUAAUCGUGAUGAGACCAAGGAUCGCAAGUUCGCCGUACGCGUGUCAAAGGGAAGUGCUGUUAGUCUGGACAUUUGGGCACUGCAUAUGAAUCCUCUGUACUGGGGAAAUGAUGCUGAUUUAUUCAAGCCAGAGCGUUUCAUCGAUAUCGCGGACUAUAAAUGGCCAAGAGAUGCAUUCAUGCCUUUCUCCAGUGGAGCGCGAGGGUGUCUUGGCCAGCGAUUCUCGAUCACGGAGAGCGUAUGCUUGCUUGCCUGUUUUGUACGAGGAUACGAAAUCUUGCCGCCGGAAGAGGGAAUGAAAGCGGAAAAGCUGUCGGAAUCAGACAAGAGACGAAUUUUAUCGUGGAAAGCUGGUAUAACCUUAACGCCCACAAAUGCGUACGUGAGACUCCGGAGGUAUUCAAACGAAGAGUAG